CUCUCUCUCUCUCUCUCUCUCUCUCUCUCUCUCUCUCUGUGUGGGCAGAUAUGGCAGCUAGCGCUGCAGGUGCCGCGUCGGGGCAAUUCCUGACCCGUUUAAUCCAUCCAAACCAAAGCAAAUGCAGUUCCAGUAGCCAAACCCUUCGUUUCUUCCGUCGUCGAUAUCAGCCGUGUAUAAUGUCCAUGAAUGGUUGCAAAGGAUCAGACCAGGCCGGACUAUUCCCUGUAGAAACCAUUGAAACACGUAGUUUAUCCCCGGUUCCAUCACCUGCAUUGGCCAUGGACAGUCUCAAAGCCGCCAUUUACCAAUUGAAAUCAGAACCACCGGCGUCUGCAUCAGGGAUUAUACGUCUCCAGGUCCCAAUCCAGCAACAAAUUGACGCAAUUGAUUGGCUUCACGCCCAAAACAAUCUCCUUCUUUCUCGCUGUUUCUUCUCCAGUCGAUCAGAUAGCUCCGAUGUUUUCCAAUCUGUCGACAGAAACGGCAACGGGAAUGGCAGCCCAAAGGGAGCAAACAGUAUGGUCAGUGUUGCCGGCGUGGGUUCGGCAGUCUUCUUUCGACGGAUGGGCCCAUUUUCAUAUAGCGACUGGAAAUCCAUUAGAAGGUUCCUCUCAGCUACGAGCCCUUUAAUCCGUGCUUAUGGAGGUAUCCGUUUCGAUGCGAGGUCUAACAUGUCGUCAGAAUGGGAGCGUUUUGGUUCCUUUUACUUUAUGGUUCCUCAGGUUGAGCUGGAUGAGCUUGAAGGAAACUCAAUGCUUGCAACAACUGUUGCAUGGGACGAAUCCCUUUCAUUGCCAUGGGAAAUGGCUAUUGAUGCACUUCAGGCUACGAUGCGCCAGCUUUCUUCCUUUGUCGUAAACAUGCGAAACGAACGUCCUAAAACAUUCAUAGUAAGCAAGACUGAUGUUCCGUCUAAGAAAUAUUGGGAACUUGCUGUUAACAGAUCCUUGCAGCAAAUAGAGAGAAGCAACUCUGAACUAACCAAGGUUGUGCUAGCACGAAGCAGCAGAGUGGUGACUGCUAACGAUAUUGCUCCUACAACAUGGUUAACAUGUUUGCAGGUUGGAAAGGACAAGGACAAUGCUUAUCAGUUUUGUCUACAACCACCUAAUGCACCAGCAUUUAUAGGCAAUACGCCGGAGCGACUAUUUCACAGAAAAUGUCUUCGCGUCAGUAGUGAGGCUUUGGCUGGAACCCGUGCCAGAGGUGGAUCAAUGGCUCAAGAUCUUCAAGUAGAACUUGACUUGCUUUCCAGUCCCAAGGACCACCUAGAGUUUACCAUAGUGAGAGAAAGCAUAAGAAAGAAAUUAGAGGCUGUAUGUAGCGGUGUAAUGGUAGAACCAAAGAAAGUGAUAAAGAAACUACGAAGAGUCCAACAUUUAUAUGCCCAAUUGACAGGCAGGUUAAAAUGUGAAGAUGAUGAGUUUGACAUCUUAGCUUCUCUUCAUCCCACUCCAGCAGUUUGCGGAUCUCCAAGAGAAGAGGCACGAGUUUUUAUAGCCGAAAAUGAGGUAUUUGAUCGAGGAAUGUAUGCUGGGCCUGUUGGUUGGUUUGGUGGUGGAGAGAGUGAGUUUGCAGUUGGCAUCAGGUCGGCAUUAGUGGAAAAGGGUCUUGGUGCAUUGAUGUAUGCUGGAACAGGGAUAGUAAAAGGAAGCAAUCCAUCUUUAGAGUGGGAUGAACUGGAACUCAAGAUAUCUCAGUUCAUCAAAUUGCUUAAACUUGAAGUGCCUCAGCGUUAAACAUUGAUGACUUGAAGCGUAUAAACUAAAAGAUGUCGUGAAGCAGAGACAUGAUUUCUUUACUGAAGGGUUGAUUUUCACUGGACGUUGAUUCAUAUUUUGAGCUCUGUUGUAUUAUCUUCUGCUCCAGAAUAAUUCCAUAACCUAGUAUUACAGGUUCAAGUUCUCCACCUUGCUUGUUCAGAGUGGGAAAUCCUCCUAGGGUUUUUUCCUUGGCCGUUCGAUCAUGUUACAAAUUAAAUUGGCCUGCUCAAAUUUAAUGUCAAGUACACUGUCAGUCUGCUACACACAACAUCGAGUCUGGAUGGUUGGUGAAUAAAUUGUAACUUACUGAGAAUACGUAAUGUAAAUAUUAUUCAUUUGACUCAGUAUUGUAUGUUUGCCUGAAUGAGUUAUAAGAAUCUUCCUUUCGGAAA